AUGGCCCCGCUCGAUCCGUGCCGCGCGGUCCGUCGCGCGUGCGCCACCGUCGCGGUCGUCGCCUCGGACGUCGUCAUCGAUGACGACGCGAUCGAACGAUGGGCCAUCGGCCUGGACGCGGCGGCGGUGACGCGAUUGACGAGCGACGCGCGCGCGUUCGACGGCGAUGGACACCACGGCGCGGCGUCGACGUCUGGGACGUGGAGCGAUGAGACCACGGCGACGCACGCGUUGGUCGUGGACGCGAUGAAUUUUUGUUUCUGGCCGGAUGGCGAGCGCGGGGAGACGCCGCGGUUGGAGUACGAAUGCGUGAGCGCGGGGUGGCGCGACGCGGCGGAACGGGAUCCGAGCGUGUUGGCGCCGGAGACGCUGCGGCGGAUGACGGGAAGACGUUUGAGGGAAAUUUUGAAUUGGCCUCGAGAACUCCCGGAUGAGGAAGAGCGAGCGAGGCUGAUUCGGGAGGUUGGCGAGGGCUUGGCCGGGGAGGCGUCGACGAUUGCGUUCAUCGAGAGCGCGGGGAAAUCGGCGGUGGAGCUCGUUCGGAAGGUGUGCGAUCGAUUCCCAGCGUUUGAGGAUUAUCGCACGUAUCGAGGCGAGACAGUUUUUUAUUACAAGCGAGCACAAAUCUUCGUCGCCGAUAUCUGGGGCGCUUUCGGCGGUCGCGGAGUGGGAGAGUUUCACGACAUUUCUGCGUUGACAAUGUUUGCAGAUUAUAGAGUGCCAGUGACGCUGCGCGAACUAGGGGUGCUUAAAUACUCGCCGAAAUUGUUGCAGAAAGUUGUCAAUCGGACGCUCAUUCCGGAGGGUUCAGAGGAAGAGGUGGAGAUUCGCGCGUGCACGGUCGAGGCGGUUGAGAGAAUGCGCAGCGCAUUUGAAAGACGACACGGCAAACCCGUGAUGAGCGUCGUUUUGGACUGGCUACUGUGGGAGAAGGGCGAAGCGAGGCGCGAGAUCUCGGAGGAGCCCCAUCACAGGACGCUGACGAGGAAUUACUAG